AUGGGUUUUAACGGCUCUGCACAUCCCCCCUCCCCGGAUCUCCAUGGAGCGGGAGCCAACCCGGCCAUACCAAUUGCCCCGGCUGAGGUUUUCGGUCCCUUGCAUCGGGAGAGAACCCGCGACGGGAGCAUGUUGAUUCUUCUUCAAACUGUGCUACCUGCCUCGAGUGCACACUACCGUGCACAAGCCAGCGGACGUAACGGGCAACUCCCCUUCCUAUGGCCCCGUCGCCUUGCCCACCUGUACUCCUUGUGGGUGGUCCAAGCAGACACACGAACGAAAUCACUGGCCUUUCCCAUCUUUGGCACUGCUGUCAUCAUCGAAACUGUGUUUUCGUCCAUCUAUGUAUGUAUAAUAAGUUUCGAGUUCCCCGGAUUCCUGUCUGUGCCAUGGAGAUCCACCCCAUUUUUUCUCCGGGGUCGGCAAGCUGGGUCCAUCCCGAGGCGUCCACACCGAGAGAAGCCCGCUUUCCACUACAUAUCUGGAAGGAAGUACACAUUUUCCAUCAAGAAGAACACCGAAAUCCUCGUGGUGAUCAUCGGAGUCGAAGUCUCCCGGCCCGUAAAGCAUGUAGCAGAGAAAGCAUGGGUAGGCUGGAGCAAGACGGGCUUGCAAGUCGGCCAGUGA